AUGGCACAAAUGAGUGUUCAUCCCAUCGCAGCGAGUGGAUUUGUAGCAUCACAAUUUUAUGAUCGCUUUAGACCGAGUUACUCAAAAGAGGCUGUGAGCUUCUUAGUUGGUAAACUUUUUAAUGCACGCGACUCGCAGCCCAAACGUAUCCUGGAACUUGGAGCAGGAACAGGAAAGUUUACGGGUAUCUUGAAAGACCUUCUUCAUGGCAACAAUGUCGAAAUUAUAGCGAGUGACCCUGUCCUUUCUAUGCGGCAAGAAUUUGCGAAACAUUUUCCUGAUUUAGAGAUCAAGGAUUUUUCAGCGGAAAAUAUAGGUAAGGUUUAAAAAGGAUCUCGUGUACUCUUCCUGUUUUUCCAAAUGGCACUGAAGCAGCCACUAGAUUUAUAGAACACAAGAGGACGCUGGGAAGACCUGGACGUUUGGCUGUGCUCGAUUAUCAGCCGCUAUUCUGGGAAAUGAGCCCACACUAAUCCCAAAGAUGGCAGGAAUCUAGCCUACCUUAAAGUAAGCUGAAGGGAUUUGCGUUGGGGAGCAGGGGGGCAUGGGGGGAAGGGGGUGAAGAGUCAAGGCAUGCUGAAGAGACAGCUAGGUCAUAUCCCUCAAAGCCGAACCAAUAUCAGAGAGGGUGUGUGUGUGUGUGUGUGUGUGUGUGUGUGGGGUGAGGGGGAGGGCCAAGUUCAAUCCCAGGGCUCUUUUCUUGUCUCUUAGAGGAUGGGUUGAAUAGAGCACUGGAAACAAAGUUACAGAAGUGCUUACUGGUAUUUUGCUCCUAUCUGUGGCUCUUACUUGGAACAACAUUAGCAUAGUGGUAGUCUGUAGUGCCAGCCGUCUCCUUGUCUCAGCCCCCCUAAGGGGCAGUCAAGUGAGCCUGCAAAGGAGAUGGAAGACACUUCAGACUAGUGGGAUUGUAUAUGUAUAAUGUAGUGGUUGACAUGUUCAUCCCUAGAUCUUAAAUUUAUGACAGGGAACUUUCAUGCACAUUUUGUGUAUCACCUUUCUGAUAUGCUUUAUGCGUUGGAUUCCAAUUUGAUUACUUGUGUGUCUUAUUAUUUUCCUAUAGCAUUACCAGACGCUAGUGUACAUGCUGUGUGCGCUGCUCAAAGUUUCCACUGGUUUGCCAAUGACAGGUCUCUUUCUGAAAUUCACCGUGUACUUGUACCAGGAGGCAAACUGGGUCUUGUAUGGAAUACACGGGAUUUAAAUUCAGUUCAGUGGGUAAAAGAAAUGCAUGAAGAAAUUGUUUUCCCAAUUUAUGCACAAACUAACACACCCAACCAAAGAACCUUUGAAUGGAAAAGAGUGUUAGAAGCAUCUGAUAAGUUUGGGCCAAUAGAAUGUGAUGAAACUUUCAAGUUUGAGCAAACUUUCUCAACCUGUGAAGAGGUCAUAAACAGAACAAUGUCUUCUAGUGUCAUUCAGGCGAAAAGUGAGGUUGAAAAAGAAGUGAUAAAAGACAGACUCAAAUUGCUUCUUCAGAAGCAUGAAGUCGAUCAGCAGAAUGAAAUUGUCUUUCCCUAUGUGGUCUCAAUGUAUUGGUGUGAAAGAAAGUGAGUCCUUCAUGCAGGAAAGUAUAUCA